GGCAAAGAGAAGCAAAACAAAACAACAAAAAGAAAGGAAGGGAGGAAGAAAGAGGGUGGCACACUUUGCCCGGUGCCUUUCUGAGUGACAGGCUCCCCAGCCUAUCCCGAAGCCAGAGAGGGGUCUUGAAAUAACCUCCUCCGGGCACAUACCAUUGGACAGUGCCAUAAGCAAGAUCAGUCCCUUUCUGAAAACAGGACUGUGGGAGGAAAAAAGAAGAGAUCAAAGGGACAGAUCUCACCAAGAAAGGAAAGAGAGGAAAUUGCAGAAAGAGAACAUUUUGAAGCCUUCGGUUCGUCAGACAAGACUGUCCCUCCGCUGUUUUUGAGCACAUUCUGUGGUAACCAUGUCAGAAGACCAACACUGAUCAUUUCAGUCCCGUCACUCUGAGCCCAGCGCACGAAGCUGGCAUCUGGGUGCAGCCCAGCAACUCCCCGAGAAACAGAUUUCACUGGUCCAAGGCACGGAGUUGGACAGACUGAGAAAAUGGCUGCCGAGGUAAACACCGUACCUAUGCUCGUUGUUCAUGUUCUGCCAGAACCAGCCCCUGAGGAGGCCGACGCCUUAGAAAGGUUGGCCAUCCUGCCCAGUUUGGUGCAAUGUGGCACAAUUGAAGAGCUACUCCAUUGUGUGGCUCCGGAGCAGGUGCAUGCUGGGAUGACACAGUGCUGGGAAGACUCUUGGGAGCAAAUACUACAAGCCAUGGGAACCCAAUCCUUGCCGUGUAUCUCUGGGAGUGAAAAGCCGGAGCCCGAGGAAGUCCAGUGCCCUCCAAUGUGCUCGGAACCAGCAAGAACAUCUCAAGAAGAUCUGACAGACAUAGAUGACUCUUCUGAGGCAGUGCCAACAUUGUCGCUCUCGUUUAACAACACGUGGGUGCUGAACUUGCACCUGGAGGACGAUAUCGAGGCCUACCUGGACGCAUUUGAAAGGAUAGCGUGUUCCUCCCAAUGGCCCAGGGAGGAAUGGGUCGCCCGGCUGAAACCAUGUCUGAGCGGCCAAGCUCUUCUGGCCUGCAAUGUCCCCGAGUCCCUCUCUACUCAAGACUACAACCUAGCGAAGGAGAGAAUCUUGAACCUGUAUGGCGUCACUCCAGAGAAACAACGUCGGUGCUUCAGGCAGUUCCAAUACCAGGAGGCUGGGGGCCCCCGAGAGGCGUACGGGAAGCUCCGGACGCUCGGCCACCGCUGGCUGAAGCCAGAGAAACACACCAAGGAGGAGAUCUUGGAGCUGCUGUUCCUGGAGCAGUUCCUGUCAAUCCUGCCGCAGGAAAUGCAAAGCUGGGUCAGGGAAUGCGGCCCCGACACCUGUGCCCAGGCGGUGGAUCUUGCCGAAAGCUUCCAGCUGGGAAAGCAGCCAGCGGUGCCGUUCAGAGAGGUCUGCGUGAAGUUUGCUGAUGACGAGUGGUCCUUGCUGUCCGAGGAGCAGAAAACGUUGUACUGCGAGGUCAUGCUGGAGAACUUCCAGAACGUGUCUACACUGGGAGUGUCUCGGCAAAAACCUGAGUUAAUCACCCAGAUACAGCAAGGGGGGAAACCAUAUUUCCAAGAUCAAAGCCCACACACGAUAAGAGAAAAUUCUCGAAAAGGGAAGGCACUGCUUCAAGCCUUUAAGAAGCUGAUAACGGAGAAGAAGACGGCAGCCAAGAGAGCCCAGCUAGUGGAGAUGAGUCAGUCCACAGCAACAGAAUCAACUCAGGACUAUUCGAGCCCAGAGGAUGAGGCUGACAAUGAAUUUUCCACCCCUGAGAAGCCACAGUCUCCUAAGCACCACGAACAGGGGCAUACAAGAUUGUCGCCGGGCAGAAAUUGCCCCACAAAAGGGCAAGCGUUAGUCCCUAAAGAUAAGAUUCACAGAAGGAAAAAACAGGAGACACCCCAAAUCAGCACGCUUGAUUCCAGGCCGCAGGUGACUCAGGUGCAAGGAGAAACAUCUGGAAAUCAGGAAGCCAACACAACGAAUGCAACCCCCGUGCCCCGUAAGCUCCAGAAGAGACCGGUGCCCCAGGGCGGACCUCCGAAGCUAAAGAAGCAGCCGUUAUUGCUAGGGGAACCCCACCAACUGAGAAAUAAAUUUGAGGCGACCAAUAACCCCCCCAGACUGAAGAAGGAAAGGCUGAAGCAAGGCGAUACGCUUCUUCAGCAGAAGAGCCAGCCUCAGAAGAAGGAACUGUCCAUAAAGGUGAAGUUCCAGGAGACCACCACUCAAAUUACCACGUGGCACCCGCCGUUCUGCACCUCGGUGGUCUCAGACCUCACGUGUCUGGAAUGCGGGAGGGCCUUCAAGCAGAGGGCCGACCUGCGCCGCCAUCGCUACGUCCACACCAAGGAGAAGCCGUACGCCUGCAAACUGUGCGACAAGCGCUUCGGCCACCCGAGCAACCUUCACAUUCAUCUGCGGACGCACAGCGGCGAGCGGCCGUACAAGUGCCCGGAGUGCGGGAAGGCCUUCACCCAGAGCUGCAACCUGCGGACGCACCGCCUGAUCCACACUGGGAGGAAGCCGUUCCGCUGCUGCUUCUGCAACAAGUCUUUCCUCCACCGCUCCAUCCUCAUCAUCCACGAACGCACACACACCGGGGAGCGCCCCUACGCCUGCUCCUUCUGCCCCAAGCGCUUUGGGGACAGAUCCACUUUGGUGCAGCACGAACGCACGCACACGGGCGAGAGGCCGUACGCCUGCCGGGUCUGCAAGCAACGGUUCUGCCAGCUUUCACAUCUUGUCAAACACACCCGCGUCCACCCGGGGGCCAGGGGGCCACCGUCCCAGAGAACAAAUUCCUCUCUGGGCCGGCAAAAGAUCACGCAGCCGAAUUCCAGCGACCCUUGCGGAAUAACACAAAGCAGUUGAUUUACUCAAUCAAACCACCCCCCUCAGUGGUCUAGUAGAGUGCUCCUGAUUAAACCGGAAAUAUAUUUUUUCAACAGUUAUCUUUCAAAUCAUAAAUAUAAAAACUGUAGACGGCUCCCACCUUUCAAAAAGAAAGACAUGGCUCUUUUAAGACAGAACUCCGAGAUGCAACAAGCACCGUCUUCUAAAAACAAAGCAUGCUCUUAUUUCUCGCUUUCUGAAGCGUCGUUUUACUCAGAUUGUGGGUCAAGGAAGAUUUUGUUGAGUGAAUGAAUAAUAGAAUAAAUGCGGAUGUCAAGGACUGGCAAAAAGACAAAUAGAAGAAGAAGAAGAGUUUGGAUUUAUACUUCCUUAUAUUUCUGUCUUGUAAGGAGACUCAAGGUGGCCUUCAAGCUCCUUUCCCUUACUCUCCCCGCCACAGACACCUUGUGA